UUGGCCCAAGGGGCGCCAUAUUAUAUUAGUCUCAUUCGCAGUCAGAACAUUUCGUGAAAACGCGACUUGGUGUUCAAUUAAGCAAAACUACAAAGACCGUGGCGACAAUGGAGACGCCAAUGGGACAGUCGGAAAUAGACGUCAGAGACAUCUUUGAAUUCGUUGCCGAGAAUGUCGUCCGUUGGAAAGAUCUGGCGCGCAAGCUCGACCUGUCAGAGGCAAAGAUCGGCGGUAUCGAUGUCAAACAAAGAGGUGACACAAAGGAGUCAUGUAUGGAAGUCUUGGAGGUAUGGCGAUUGAAUGAAGGGCGAGAGAAUGCUACGCUGGAAUCAUUGAAAGGUGCACUCGAGGAGGCAGGUCUAAAGGCCGUUGCAGACGAUGUUGAUGAUCAGUUGAAAAACUACUUGGAAGGAAAGUCACCCACAGUAUUCAAGAAGAGAAAGAGGACAAUAUUUGAAACCAAAGGAAAGGUGUACUUCAAAGAUAAAAUGGCAGAAAGGGUUGAGGAAAUGUUUGACAAGGCCUUCACUGAUGAAGUGUACCAAAAUCCCAGACUGUUUAUUGAAGUUAGUGCUGCUUUUAGGGAGAACUAUGCCAUUCUAAAAGACACUUCUCGUGGCUGUCUUGAAUGCCACUUGGAGUUUGAUUGUUUGGCCAACUUUGAAAAGUAUUGGGAAAGGUACACUGAAGGCAAGGUGUCAGCAACCCUGUCUGCCUGCCUGGUCACCAGUGAUCUGGUGGCCAAGAUGGGAGUUAGUGACGUCACAGUACUGGUGGAGAUGGAUGAACAUGACCUUGAAAAGGCCAGGAAGUUCUUCAAUGAAAUCGAUGUUCAGCAGUUGGAAACCUUGACCAUCACUGAGGAAGGCAGACCGAUAACUCCUGACUGCCAAGGAGUGGUUGGCUCAUCAGGGAGUGUAGACACCUCUUCACAAACACGCUUGAGAACCAAGUCUGGUGAUACCCUUGCAGGAACAAGCCCAAGGGCCCACCUGGCUGAAUGUACAAAGUGCCAUGACAUGAAUGAAGAUCUGCAAAGCUACCUGAAAUGUUCGACUGGGCAUCUGAUAUGUCGUAAGUGCUUUGCUGAGCAUAUCCAAACCAAUCCAGCAGUAAGCGUAAAUUGUCCACUGUGUUCCCAAAGUAUUGGUCCGUACAUGAAGACGUCAGAGCACACAACCAAGAACUCUGUCUGGAUCUUUGUAGUUGACUCCAAUCUUUGGGUGGAGGGAAAGAAGCUUAUUAGUAAGGAGCGCAAGUUUCAGACAGCUGAAGAUCCCCGCAUCAGGAUUGAUGUUGGCAAGUUGUCUGAGAUUGUGGCAGAAGGUCGACAGGUGGUGACCGGCACCCUGUAUGGUUCAGAGCCACCGAAGCUGGACACUAUCUGGAAAAAGGUGCGCGAACGAGGGUGGCGAGUCCCGCAGCCGAAGAAACGAAGUCAGUUCACUGGAAAAGAGAAGCAAAUUGACAACCAGCUUGGUGUGGAUGUGACAAGUCUUGUAUGCAAGACAGAGGAAGGCAAGAGAGGAACAGUCAUACUUGUGACAGGAGAUGCAGAUGUGCUUCCAGUAUUAACUAACAUUCUCAGUGAACCACCUUGGAAAGCAGAGAUUUGGAUGUGGGAGAAAAGCAUCUCUAGUGAGAUCAAGUCCCUACAACGGCGUCAUCCAGAUAGGGUGAGGAUUGAGCACCUGGAUGCCUACUCCAAACAGCUAACCUUCACCAACUACACCUACCGAAUAAGUCCAGGCAAGAACAACCAGCUCCUGACUCAGGCCAUUGUGUUUGAAGGAGUGCAGAAGCAGCCUGACUCCUGGAAGAUGGACAACAGUUGGGUCAGAAGGAUGGAGGAAGUCUGUAGGUGGCCUUUCCAGUAUGCUUGGAUAUUUGAAGACAACGUUGACAUCAAUGACCUACUAGUUGUCUUCCUCAAAGGGAAAGAUGCUGAAGGUAUCUUCAGGGGCCCAGAGCUUGCUGAGAUGCUGGAUUUGGUGAAAAAGGAUUCGUAUCUCCCCUCUCUCUCUACCAAAGUCCAAGCCUACAUUUCUUACAAGCACUCAAGAGCGAUGGAUGACAGUGCGAAUGUCUGCCUGUCUAACCAGUUUAGCAGCCUUGCGGACAUGUACGAGAAAGUGGAGAAACUGGAGGAUGAGGGAUUCCACAGUGCAGGGGAGGAGAGGGAGGAUGACAAGACAGCUUUAGGAGCUUCAGCUGCCAUGCACCAAAGGGGAGCUCGUCCACAUAUGCCACAGUUCCCAGUACAACCCAUGUACAUGUACAGGCAACUCUCACAACCAGGUGCUCAGGAACACCGUCCCUUCUACUGUCCUCCUGUACUCUCACAGGCCAACAAUCAGUGGAUCCCAGCUCCAAUGAAGCACAGGCAGAGUCCAUACCGUCCAAGGUACUCUGAGCAGUGUCCAAAGAAGUUCAACUGUAGGGAUGGUCGCCACUGCGCAUACACCCAUACUCCUGAAGAGGUGGCAUUUCUCAAGCAGCGUCCACCAGGCCUGCCAGUGUACAAAGUAAAGCUGUGUGAAAGGUGGGGAAUGGGGCACUGUAAAUAUGAAGCACGGGAAUGCAACUAUGCACAUGGCCCAGAAGAUGCCUGUUGUCUCCGAUGCAAUUGUCGUGGCCACCUAACAGAAAACUGCCCUUACUAGAUAAAAGACAAGAUGGAGAAUUGAAUAUUGUACUGUGAAUGCAUUCAUCCAGAACAAAACAUGACAGACAGUUCUUUCAGCAAACACCUUCACAAGGGCU